AGCCGGAUCCUUUGCAAGAGCAAGUGCUCUUAACCACUGAGCCAUCUCCAGACCCUCCAUCUGAUAAUCUGUCUGGCCUUGUGCUCCAUGUCUCCAGUUUCUAGACUUCACCCUUUCUUUUACCUGCUUCUAAACACCAGCCUUGUAUCCCAUGAGUUUGGGGACAAGGCCACGGAGGCAGACCACUAAGUGUUGGCUCUCAGCAGCAUCACCGACCCUCGCAUCCCCUUCUCUUCUCUCAGGGUUCCUCUGUCCAGGGCUCCCAACCGGGAGGCUGGACUUGGACCCUCUCCGACCUCGGUGCUUCAUGAUCCCCACCCACUCACUGCAUGUGGCUCUUGGAGAAAGCCGGCUACAGGGUGAGGACCGCAGAGGCCGGGGCGCAGCAGCACGCGCACUCCAGCCUGGUCCCCAAGCGCCGGGCCCCAGGCUCGCCUGCGCGCUGCAACCCUAACGUCCUCACCCCCGACCGCAUCCCGCAGUUCUUCAUUCCGCCUCGCCUCCGGGACCCCAGCGGCACCGAGGCCAGGGUGGACCGCAACCUGGGCGGCCGGCACCUCCCGGUCGCCUGCUCGCUGCCGCACCUGGCGGGCCGCGAGGGCUGGCCCUUCCUGCCCGAGAGCCCGCACACGCGCCGCCGCGAGUCCCUGUUCCACGCGCCCCGCGGCCUGGCGGCGGCAGGCCUAGCGCCGGCGCAGUCGCGGCUGCACGUCUCAGCCCCGGACCUCCGCCUCUGCCGGGCCCCGGACAGCGACACGGCCUCGUCGCCGGACUCGUCUCCCUGCGGCUCCCCUCGCACGCCUAGGCCGCACUCCUUGUCCCCCGACGAGGCCAGCUCGGCGGACACCAGUCCCUACGCGCCCCGCCGCGCGCCGCCGCCGCUCUUCCACCUGGACUUCCUCUGCUGCCAGCUGCGGCCGACCAAGGACAGCGUGCUACGCCUGGGGCCCCGCGGCGGGCAGCUGCGCCUGUCCACCGAGUACCAGGCGGGGCCCGGGCGGCUGCGGCUGCGCCUGGUGAGCGCCGAAGGGCUGCCUCGGCCGCGGGCCCGCCCGGGGAGCGGCGGGGGCGGCUGCUGCGUGGUGUUGCGGCUGCAGCCACGCGUUAGGCCGCGAGCUCAACGCAGCCGCGUGGUCCAGGGCAGCUCCAACCCCAUCUUCAAUGAAGACUUCUUCUUCGAAGGGCUGGGCCUCCGGGACCUGGCCGCCCGCAGUCUGAGGGCCAAAGUGCUGGAGAGGGGCGCGGGGCUGCGCAGGGACGUGCUACUGGGGGAGUGUGAGACGCCCCUCAUCGCCCUGCUGCCCCCCCUGGCUGGGGGUCUAGGCUCAGGGUCCUCCCUGGCAUCUGCACAUCUCAGUCUGUAGACUGACACCACAGCUUCCUGGGGGGGGGGGGUGGUCUCCACUGUGUUUGCAGCCCUUAUUCUUGCCAUCUGCCCAACAUGUAUUUAUUUUUGUUAAUAAAACAUCGGUUUGUCUCUAGCUGCAUGCUCCACAGUGGGCACCAAAAACUCCAGGCUUUGCAGCAGCUCUUUUCCUUCCUUUCUGCCCGAUCCACUCAUCUGAGCAGGAGCAGACCUUAAACAGUAGUUCAAGAGAUUCAGAAUCCACGGAUGUCAGAAACUCUGGAAGUGCUUGUUGAGCAUGCAGAGACCAGGAUCCAUCUCCAAGCGAUACUCCUUCAAGAGGGCUAGGCUGAGUAGGGCCUAGGGUCCUGUCUUAGUUUUAUUUCCAUGGCUGUGAUAAACUCUCCCCACCCCUACCCCCCAAAAAGGCAACUUUUACGAAGAAAGGGUUUAUUUGGUUUAUAAUUCCAGGUGAUAGACCAUCAUUGUGGAGAAAUCAAGGCCAGGACUUGAAGCAGCUAGUCACAUCCACACUCAGAAGCAGAAAGAGAGCGAGCUGGAGAGGUUCAAUGGUUAAGAGCAGACCCAAAGUUCAUUUCCCAGGAGCAAUAUCAGGCAGCUCACUGCUGCCUGUGAGACUCUGGUUCCAAGGAUCCCAUGCCCUCUUCUGGCCUCUGAAAGCCAGACAUGCAUAC